AAGUACAUUGUUACCCUUGCCUGUGUACAUUUUAGGUACCUCUUGUUCGUUUUUUAAAGUUUAGUCAGGCUUCUGCUUAGCUAACCAUUUGAUUUGUUUUUAUCGGGUCCACGCUAAGCUCAGCUUUCAGCCAGCUGUAGACGUGGAAAGAUGCAGGGCAUAGACAUCCUGGAGAACUUUGAGAUCUACAUCCCCAAAGAGGCAGAGGUGAAAAUCACCUCUAUUCAGACUCUGCCAACCCCCAUCUUGAGAAGGAUGGGGGUGCCCCGCUCUCAGGGUGAGAGUGCAAAGAGAGGGUCCUCGCCUUUGGCCAUGUGGAUCUCUCCAGUGGUCAUCCGAGAAAGAGGCUGUUCACCGACCAGCCCCACAGUGGACACUGCCAAGAUUAACCUGGCCUCACUGGUGACCACAGAACCCAAGGCAGCUCAGGGUCCCUUCUUGAUGCCAUUCGUCUCCUCCAGCGGCACGGCCUUCAAUGUCCUCAGGAAGUUCUUGCCUUCCAGACAGAACUUCCAGCAGGGUACUGCCACCCAGAUUGAACCCAUCCCCCAUGGCCUGCCCUCUGUCCCCCACCAGGAUGCCAUCAUCAUCCACAAGGGGAGGAUCUUCCUGUCAAUCAAGAAAGCAAAGACUGUCAGAGGAAAGAGGCAGCACAGCCCUGACCUGGAUAACUCGUUGUCUUCCGAGGCCCCUCAGACCACACAGCAAAAACUGAUCUUCCUCUCACCUGCCAGGAAGAGCCAGAAGAAGUCCUGCCCCGCAUCUCCAAAGCCAUCUCCUAAAAAGCCCCAGGGGAAGUGGUCAUUGCUGCAGAGGUUCGGCCUGACCCACCAAGUCCAGGUGAAGUUGUCCAGAAUCCCCCAGGGGGACAUUGAGCCACAGCAGACUGCCGAACAGGGUCACUCAGUGGAAGAGGAUCAUAACACAGAGCAAGAUCAAGUCUUACGGAAGUUAUUGAACGCCAACAGGUUGUUAAAGGAGACACCUGGCAGAUGUCCUGAACAGGAGAUGGAGUUGGUGACUCAAGAGGAAGACAAGCCUUUGAAUGAGGAGACCCAAGAAUCAUUAUCAAAGACAGCAAAUCGGCACCCUUGCUCAAGCGAAGGCUUUCAGGGCAGAGGUGGGAUUACCAGUGAGACAGAUGAUGAUGCUCAGGAGGAGGAGGAGCCUGAGGAAGAGGGAUGUCACAAUUUGGGUAGUGUCAAACAACGACGAGUUGAAGACAAAGGUAAGAGUGGGGCAGAGGGCCAAGCCACCAAUGGGGAUGAGUCUGAGGUGGAAGAUCUCUCUGUUACGGCUGUUGCUUUGAGUGACAGCUCACCUCCACCAGAGGCCCUGAAUGCAGACCAAAGCAGUGAUACGGUUAUGCAAGUUGACUUCACGGGGGACAGUGUUCAGAGUUGGACGGCGGAGUGCCCAAUCAUACCCGCUCUAGCCCCCACCCCCAAAGAGCACUAUGGUUUUGACUUUGAGCAUUCGGCCCGUGAGGAGAGGAUCAACCGUAUCAGGGCCAAACUGAGAGAGAGAGAGGCUGCCCUCAACAACCUACGCUCUCCAAGUUGACUGUCUCCAAAGUGGGAAACCGUUAUUUCUAAGGGCCCUCACAGGUGUUGAAUGGCAUGAAUGAUUAUUCCACACACUUUCAUUUAAGCGCUGCUAGAACAUCCAUUCUGUAACUGGUAAAGUAUUAUUAUUAUUUGAAUUUUUUUUGGAACCCAUAAACUUCUCCACUCCUUAUCUUUCAAGACCUGUGAUCCAUAAUCUUAUGAUGGGCACAAAAAGAAUACGUUAGAAAUAACUCAAAUCUAAAUUCUAUAAUUUUAUUAGAAAAUUCAGAAGGACUUUUUACUUUUCGUUUGAUUAUAUCUGAUGUGAAAACAGCGUUUGUUUGAUCAAACUUGCCCAGCUAUCGAAUUUGAAGAUUAGUUAUUAGAAUUGCAGUUAUUCUUUUAGGGCACGAUUCAGACUUUUUUUUACACGUUUUGAUUUUGCGCACAUCUCAGUUGUUGGUGUUCAGAAUUGAUGGGCUUUGCAGGUGUGGCUCCCUUGCACUCACUGAAUAAAUAUAAUUAAAAUACUGAAAACCCUCCCACUUGCUGGCCAACAGAUUUUCUUGUUGAGGAUUCAUUUAAAUACUGUGUACCUUUUUAAAGCUACAAUAUGUACAUUUUUGACCAGACCAAAUUCUCAUAGAAAUUUGUUUUAUAGAUCUGUCAUUCUCAUUGAAAGUAAGUCUAAGAAGCAGUUCUGUGCGCCAUUUCUAUGCUUCCCGUUCGUAAGUUUAGAUUUUGCGUCUUUCGGUUUUGUACACCAGAUUCAAACAGCUGAGAGCUGGUUUAGAUGGUACAAUAAUUCUCUACACCAAACAUUGCUUGUUUUGUCACAAUCUGAAAUAAGGCAAACUUCGAAUUUUAGCAACCAGAAAAUGGCAGAGCAGUUUCUGAAUAUUGCACCUUUAAUUCAAAUUUUCUCGACAUACUCAUUAGAAUAUAUUGAGAGAACGAGAUCAGAAUAGGGAUCAAUGAAAGACACAAAUACUGCGUUGUCUUGUCUGUGUGCUUAGGGUUGUUGUGCUGUUGGAAGGGGAAC